AUGAGCUCAUUUCAACUCGGUUUCAUGCUUAUUGUCAGCACGUUUUUCGCAGGGGUAUGCUCAAGACACACAGGGAAAGAGAAAGAUGAUUUAAAGAAGAUAUGUGGACGACGAGGAGUCCAGGAUACCGUUUCUGAGCGAAUUGUUAAUGGUACCAAGGCGACUCCUGGCCACUGGCCGUGGAUGGUGGGGCUGUAUACUGCAGACGACCAAUUCAAAUGUGGUGGCGUUUUAAUAAGCAACCAGUUUGUUUUAACUGCUGCUCAUUGCUAUAGGGACAAGAACACUGCAGGUUACCUUUCAGUUCGCCUGGGAAGUACGAAAAAAACAAAUUUUGCCAAACAUUGUCGACCAAAGAGAGGAAAAAAACGGGUCAUUUGCAUGGAAGUGGACUAUGUCUGUGUACCCCAUCAGCACAACUGUACCCGUUUUAUGAAAGACCUUGCACUAUUAAAAUUAAAAGAACCGGUCAAGUUUACAAAGUAUAUUCAGCCAAUCUGCCUUCCUGAGCACUGCGAAGAACCACCUUCAAAUACCAGUAUCUACGUUUUGGGCUGGGGCGCAGUUUAUGAGCAUGAAUAUUAUUCCUAUGAGACGGAUGAAUCAUUAAGCGAAACAGAUGAAGACCUCGAAGAUUACGAGGAUAACGAAAGCUCAGGUAAACAAACGAACGAUGCGUCAUGAUCGGAACUAAUGGGCUUUCGGAUUUUUCACCCAGAAACCUUGAGGGAAACAGAUAUAUCCUUAAUUACUAACGAACAGUGCGAACGACAACUUGCCACAACUGUUCCAAAGUACAUCCUAUGCUCUAAUGGGGGAAUAUGUUCUGGAGACAUCGGAGGACCUCUGAUGUACAAAAAAGAAGGACAAUGGUUUCUUGCUGCUAUUCAUUCUGUAGGCGGUGGUUGCUUCAACCCUUCUCUGCCAUCACUACAUGUUAGGGUGUCACACCUCGUUGAAAGGAUCAUUUUACCCGUCAUGAAGGAUUCGGAAUCAACGAAACAAAACCUAUGUAUUAUGGACGAGGCUCGAAAGGAAUGUGUAACCACAUUUUAUAACUCUUACUACGUGCCAAUAGAUGAUUCAGUAGAAGAUGACGAAAGUACUUAAUUAUAACGUUAACAUGUUAUCAUAUACUCUUGUCAUGUGUCUUCAAUUCACUUCUAAUAAAGAACCUUUCAAUCAAG